AUGGUUGCUGCAGGCGCAGGUUCUGGAGAACGAUAUUGUGGUGGAGAUGGUGGACGUUUAGAAGGUUUAUCAUCUGAUCAACUGGAUGUAUAUCAAUUAAAUAGAACUACUGGCGGAACACAAACUUCAUGCGGAAUUUAUGGGUGCGAUACAUAUAAUAAUAUAUGUGGGACAUCAGGGAGGUUUGGAAUUGGAGGAUCUGGAAAUGGGAAAGAUCCGGGCCCAAGUGGCGGUGGAGGGUACUAUGGAGGUGGUGGUAUUACAUAUGUUGGAAGUGCCAGUGGAGGAUCAAGUUUUAUUAGCGGUUUUCAAGGUUGUGACGCAAUUUUCGAAAAUUCUACAGAAGAUCAUAUAUAUCACAGAGGAAAUCCGUUUCACUACUCAGGGAAGUACUUCACUGAUGGCAUUAUGAUUGAUGGCCAACACGAGAUGCCCACAACCGAUCUUCAUUCCACAGAGCUUGGACAUCAAGGUAAUGGCUAUGCCAUCAUCACUUACAUUGCAUCUAAUGUUAUUUGCUCAUGCCAAAUGAACAUUAAUCUGAUGAAACUGUUUCUAACCUCAAAUAUUUUUAUUAUUUUAUCAUUAAAAAAAUAA